GCUUUAAUUGUGGCUCGUGGGGAGAAGGAACAGUUAGAACUGCAGCUCAACAGACUGCAGCACAAGGUCAAGGACCUCGGUGAGGACUAUAGAGGGCGCCUCAUCAAAUACGUGGAGGAUAUUGCCGAAUUUGUGGAUAAGAACAAUGCAGGACCUGAUGGUCGCAGUUCAGGUAGAAUGAGGGACUAUGUAGAAAACAUGCACAAGGACAUUUCUCGAUCACACAAGGAGCGUGAGGAACAGCUCAGUUUGGCCGCUCAGCAGUAUCGAGAGAGCAAGCGGAGUCUGCUGCAUAAAUACGAAGAGCUGCUCAUACAUUACAGGAACCUACGACUUCAGUGUGAAGAGAGAGGUUUGGACGACAUUGACAUGGGACCUGAUGAGACAGAGCUGAAACUGUCAGACUCAGAAAUCAACUCCUCCAACCUCCGAGAAAUCACCCGCCUCAAAGGAGAGGUCAACAAACUCAAACAGACCGUACAGAACUACAAAAACAAGUAUGGAGUGUCAGAUGAUGAGGACUCAUUUAUGAGACCCGGAGAAAAGCCUGCCGAGACAUGGGCUACAUUACGCAAACAGUUACGAGAGUACACACUAAAUACACAAAAGGAUCUGGAGGAAGAGAGGGCCAAGCUAAUGAGUGAAAACAUAGUACUGAAAGAACAGCUUAAGGAAAGUCAGGACUACAUAGAUCACCAUCUUGUCAGGUAUAAACAAGAGAUUGUAAAGUUAAGGAAAAUGCUUGGCUACGAUACAGAUGGUACACCAGUGCCAGGUGUCCAUGCCUACAGGAAAGGCAGGAGAAAGUAGGCUGCAGG